GGGGGUGUGGAGAAAAGAAGUCGUCUUGAAGAGAGGGAGAAGUGGAAGAAGACACGCUGCUGAGGGAGAAAAAGGCUCAGAUACACUGCGCUUCAUCAUAAAGGCUGAAAUAAGGAGACUUGUCUGCACAAACUGUGACGCAGACGAAACCAAAUGCGCACUUUUAUCUACAUUUCUAUUGGAAGGAAUAGUUGACUUUUUCUUUUUUUUUUUUUUUAGAAAGAGAUUGUAACACUUUUUUUUUUUUUUUUUGCGUUAGUGUUGCACAGGUGUGCAUUUGGACCGUGCCUAAUUUGGGACAGUUGACUAUUGCCAGGAUGCGCGCCUGUCCUAUGCUAGCCUUCCUCUGUCUGCUGUGCGCCGGACGCGCUCAGAAGUUCUCCGCUCUUACGUUCCUGCGGGUGGAUCAGGAUAAGGAGUGCAACAUGGAAUGUAGUGGAGGUCCUCGCAAACCUCUGUGUGCCUCCGACGGCAGGACCUUCACAUCUCGCUGCGAGUUCCUUCGAGCCAAGUGCCGCGACCCCCAGCUUGAGGUCAUCCGAGGGCCAUGCAAAGAUACGUCCAGAUGCGUAGCAGAAAAGAAGUACACCGAACAGCAGGCCAAGAAGCUAUUCCCUCAAGUCUUUGUGCCUGUAUGCAACCCCGAUGGCACGUAUAGUGAGGUUCAAUGUCACAGUUACACUGGAUACUGUUGGUGUGUCACCCCCAAUGGCCGACCUAUCAGUGGCUCAGCAGUGGCCAAUAAAAAGCCUCGAUGCCAAGGAUCAAAACAAGAGAGAGCGACCACACGGGAGCCAGGAAAAGAUGAAACGGGCCUAGUGGUGGAUCCACAACCACCUACAGAUGAAGAAGACAUCAUUUCCCAGUACCCCACUCUGUGGACGGAGCAGGUCCGCAGCCGACAGAACAAUAGAACCAGAGCACCAUCCUCAUCCUGUGAUCAAGAGCAACAGUCUGCUCAAGAGGAAGCAAGGCAGCACAAGAACGAUGCUGUAUUUGUUCCCGACUGUGCCCAAGGUGGACUGUUCAAGCCGGUCCAGUGCCACCCCUCCACCGGCUACUGCUGGUGUGUCCUGGUUGACACGGGACGACCUAUACCUGGCACCUCCACCAGGUAUGAACAGCCAAAAUGUGACGGCAACGCCAGGGCCCACCCAACCAAACCAAAGGACCACUACAAAAGUCGUCAUCUUCAAGGCUGUCCUGGCGCAAAGAAAACAGAGUUUCUGACAAGUGUUCUUGAUGCGCUGUCGACGGACAUGGUGCACGCUGUCACAGAUCCAGCAUCCGCCGGAAAAGUGGUGGAGCCCGACCCCAACCACACUCUCGAGGAGAGGGUGGUCCACUGGUAUUUUGGUCAGCUGGAUAAAAACUCCAGCGGCGACAUCGGGAAAAAGGAAAUCAAGCCAUUCAAACGCUUCCUGCGCAAAAAAUCUAAGCCCAAGAAGUGUGUGAAGAAGUUUGUGGAAUACUGCGACAUCAGCAACGACAAAGCACUGUCCCUGCAGGAGCUCAUGGGCUGCUUGGGGGUGACCAAGGAAGAAGGGGCCAAAACAGGAGAAGGCUUAUCUUCCAGUAAACUUCAUCCAUCGAAGAAACAAGGCUAAAACAUCAGCUGAGAGUCUGCCCUCACCAAUCGGCGAUAACAAAAACAAUAGUAUUUGCACUUUGUACUUUAAUAAAAAUGUAAAUUCACUUUGUAGAAAUAAGGUAUUUAAACAGACUGCUGAAUCUGUGAAUGUUGUAGUUAUUAGCUCCUUGUGUCCUGAUGAUUUAACACAUACAAUGUAUGUGUCCUUUUGAGUUGUACAAGUUCUUCAUGUUUGAUAUUUCAUAUUGUGCUUAUUUUUCUCUCUUUUCCACUUGUGUUGAUAACUCAAAAGGGGAACUGCACUUCAUUUGGAAUUUAGACUUUCAUUCACAAUCCACAUAUGUUUUUUUUUUAGUGCAUUCCAACUCGUGAAUAAACGCUAGCAAAAGUCCGCUAACAUUGGAGUCAAUAGGAUCCGCUCUACUCCGCCUAUAAAAGGCUCUAAAAAACAUUCAAACAACUCCAUCAUUGUUUUAUAUAGAAGGUGUAAGUAUAUAUGUAAUGUAGGAUUGUACAGUAUACCGGUAUUAGUAUAGUACCACAAUACUAAUGAACCAUUUUCGGUACUAUAUGGUCUCUGAAACAUUCCGUUGCAGCCGUCCCGCGAAUGUGUCGAAGUCACGUCGUGACAUUGCUGGUUUACGAGCAGACGAGCAUGUGCGGCAGUGCACAAUCACGGAGUACUUACAAGCAGGCACAGUGUGUAGACAGAAUAGGGAGAACGGACGCAUUUUGGCUCAAAAACUAACAUUAAAACGCCAUCAGGAAGAGAUAAUUUAAGACAUGGCUAGCUAGCAGCUAAAGUCCAGCCGCAGUCGGCAGUGUUGUAGCUACUUCUAAAUCACUAAUCCUCGCCGCCAUGGCGACAAAUAAAGUACGUUUCUUACAAGUAUCAUCCCUGCCGGAAGAGGAAUAGCUAAACAUGCUUCACUAUCAAAAUGUAAACAAACGCUACUGAUGGAUCUACACCUGACAUCCACUGUAAUGAUACCAUGUACAGGCAUGUAUCUAGUCAAUACUACUAUGAUUACGUUGAUAUUUUUCGGCAUCACAACAUCUUUCGUCUUUUAAAAUGUAUAUUAUGUUUAUAAACACAGGAAAUAUGUCCCCCGGACACAUGAGGACUUUGAAUAUGACCAAUGUAUGAUCCUGUAACUAAUUGGAUUUGGAUUGAUACCCAAAUUUGUGGUAUCAUCCAGAACUCAUGUAAUAUAUCAAACAACAGAAGAAUAAGAGAUUAUUACAUUUUAACAGAAGUGUAGAUAGACCAUGUUAAAAGACAAAGUAAGCCGAUAUUAACAGUAAAUGAACACGUAGAUUAAUAAUUAAUUUUCCACCACUUGUCCUUAAUAAUGUUGACAAAAUAAUAGAAUGAUAAAUGACACAAUAUGUUACUGCAUGUGUCAUCAGACAAAUUAGGAGCCUUUAAUGGCUUACUUACUACUAAAAGACAAGUUGUCUAGUAUUUUCAGUAUUUUAUUUAAGGACUUAACUGCAAUAAGAAACAUAUGUUCAAUGUACCUUGAAAUUUUGUGUUAAAAUAAAGGCAAAAAUGCAAUCUUUUUUGUGGUCCCCUUUAUUUAGAAAAGUACCGAAAAGUAUCGAAAUAAUUUUAGUACAGGUACCAAAAUAUUGGUAUUGUUACAACACUAACGUAAUGUAGUAACAGGCACAUUCCUAAUUACAUGUAUCAAGGGUGAUGGGUCAAAUGCAAAGAAUAAUUUCGCCACAUCGAGUAUGUGUGUGACAAUCAUUGGUACUUUAACUUUAACUUCAACUUCAACUUUAACUUUAUUAUUUACAUAUUUUUAUCAUUUUAGUCAUAUACAUUUCACGGACGCAUCACAAUUUUCGUUUUUUUUCCUUCAACAACAACACUACUACUUAUGGCAGACUCGUGAGACACAAUAAAGACUACUUUGGAACAAAUGAUGAUCCAGAACCUUAUUUUAUCAAGCCGACAUAUAAGGAGGAGGAUUCAUAAGUUUUAGAAGCUGUUUUGUUAAACAUAUCGGGAUUUAGUGAAACAGGCAUCACGUAGCGCUAUUGCUAAGUGCUAAACAAGAAAAACAAACUAUCAACAUGAUAAAACGAUCACCUACUGUACAAUAUCUGCUUUUACUGGGAUCCCGACUGAUAGGAUGUUCUUGUAUUCUCCUUUAGAUGAAGAAGCAAUCAUGAUCCAAACGAAGGGUAAAAGAAAAAGAAAUACCGCAGAAGAAUGUUUUUUCGUUUUAUUCUCUCCAUCUCCUAAUAGUUGGAUGUCACAGAUGAACAACUUCUGGUUUUAUGACCAAAUUUUUUUCGGUGAAAGGCAUGAUUUCUAAUCUACAAUGAACUUAGAAGCAAUCAUGAUGCAUCAGCUCAGUAUGUCAAUACCUCAACACUAGCUGCACAAUCUAGCGACCGCUCCGUGAUCACGGCCCUGCUAAAACAGUUUGCCUACGUUGGCGCUUAUUAUAAUAAUAUCAUUAACAUUUGGUUAAUAUUCAGGUCACGAGAUGUAAAUUAAGUGUUGUUGGCGGGUUUUGAUUACAUUCAGAGUGAUUAAAAGGCAGAAUGGAUUACUCUCAUUAUCUGCAUUGCGAGCCACCUAGAACGAACCGAUUAUUACAAAUUACAAUGCAAUAUAUAUAUAUAUAUGUACAUGUAUAGUCAUAAUUUUAAAAAAAAGUGCAGUUCCCCUUUAAAACUGACAUUUUGCUUAUAGUGACUUUUCCUGCGCCUUUAUGGCAGUUUGUGAGAAUGUUUUAAACACUAACCAAAAGAAAUGUGUUACAUGUUCCGAUGUAGUCUUGUUUAUUAGUAAUAAAGAACUGUUUUAUA